CAACUCCUCUCACAACCUCUUUGACCACCAUCUUCCCUGCAUAAACCGUCAAACUCACCUGCACAAAGCUACACGCGCAGUCAUGUCCACCCCUAAAGGCUUCCUCCUCGUCUUCGCCGAGCCAGGUCCCGCCGUCCCCGAAGCCGAGUAUCAUGACUGGUACGACAACGAGCACAUCCCUCUCCGCGUGAACAUCCCCGCCUUCUCCUCCUGGGCACGCUUCAGCGCCGACGACGGCCAAAAACCGUCCUGGGCAGCAUACUACGAUCUCGAAUCGUACGAAUCGACGCUCGUCCCGCCUUAUUCCACCCUCGCGGAAACGCGCAGCGAGCGCGAGAAAGACAUUUUCUCGAAGAUGGAGGUGUUAGAUCGGAGAACUUACGAGGUGUAUAACCCGCCUGAGGGAAAAGCGACGCCGCCCUCGGCAUUAUACGACCCGAAGAAGACGGCGCCGUAUGCGUUGAUUGUGGGUAUUUCGGUGAAGCCGGAGGCGGAGGAGGAGUUCAAUAGGUGGUAUGACGAGGAGCAUAUUCCGUUGUUGGCGAAGGUGCCGGGGUGGAUUCGGAGUAGAAGGUUUGUGUUGAAGGAGGCUGCAAAGGCGGGUACGAAGGCGACGGGGGGACAGCCGCCGAAGUAUUUGGCGGUGCAUGAGUGGGCGAGUGGGAAGGAGAGGGAGGGGACGGAGGAGUAUAAGAUCGCGACGAGCACGCCGUGGAGGACGAGGUUGCAGAGUAGUAUUACGGAUAGGGAGAGGAGGGAUGUGAAGUUCCUCAAGCGGUGGGAUCGCGAGUAGAUGACGAGUCAGGGAAAUGUUUUGAGAAGAGGUGUACGGCGCUGGUGUACGAUAUUUGUGGAUAUAAGCAAG